AUGGCUUACAAUCUGGGAGCCAGUACGCAUGACAGUUGCCACCGCCAUUUACGUGGCCAAGCCCCCGUGAGGAACCUUGCCAUCUACUUCUCUGCCAACAUGAUCAAGCGUGUGAACACUGCCAACACCCUCCCCAUCGCCAGUGCCAACACCCUCCCCAUCGCCAGUGCCAACACCAUCGCCAUCGCCACUGCCAACACCCUCCCCAUCGUCAGUGCCAACACCCUCCCCAUUGCCACUGCCAACACCCUCCCCAUCGCCAGUGCCAACACCAUCGCCAUCGCCACUGCCAACACCCUCCCCGUCGCCACUGCCAACACCCUCCCCAUCGCCAGUGCCAACACCCUCCCCAUCGCCAGUGCCAACACCCUCCCCAUCGCCAGUGCCAAACCCCUCCCCACCUCCUCCCACGUUAACUCCCAGUGA